UGCGCCUAAUUUGGUGUUUUUCGUCUUUGGUUUGACCAGUCUGAUCAAUGAGAAUGUCGGUCGCACCAGUUCAACAGGGUCCAUUUAUGAAGGAUCAGUUGGUUCAAUUGCGGGCACAGAUUAAUGCUUUCAAGCUACUUUCCAAAUCACAGCCAGUCCCUGAAACAUUAUUACUAGCGGCCGAAGGAAGACAGUUACUCAGUCAUGCACCUAUUGUUAUGAGUGGACCACCUGCACCAAAUGUCCCUGUACAACAAUGGAAUCAAUCUUCUGUAAACUCCAUGCAAAAUUCGCCAUUUGUCGGGUCUCCUCAGUCGUCUGUCGUUCAGAGUGAAUUCCAUCCGGUGAAUCCUGCCCUAGCAAUAUCUCGAGUAAGACCUAAUAUCCAACCCAGUUUAGUGGCUGCACGUAUAGGUCCCCCAGUAGGCUAUCAAUCAUAUACAACCUCAUCUUCAAAUGGAACCUUUCUGCCUGGGGGUACUGGCACAUAUGGAAGGAGUAGACUUACUCCUAUUCAACGACCUCAGGGUUUGGAUCCCGUAGAGCUACUAAAAGAGAGGGAACAGCGUAUCCAGUCUCGCAUUGCGCAGCGUAUCAAAGAACUAAGUAGUCUUUCUGUAUCUAGUACAUCGGAACAAAGAGUAUCAUUAUUGAUUGAACUUCGUGCUUUGCGUCUACUGAAUUUUCAGCGACAACUAAGGCAAGACAUAGUGUCAGCUAUGCGCCGAGACACGAGCCUUGAGACAGCUCUUAAUGUCAAGGCGUACAGAAGGCCGAAAAAACAAACUCUUCGAGAGGCUCGGUUCACGGAAAAGUUGGAGAAACAAAUGAAACAUGAGCAAGAAAAAAGGCGUCGUCAAAAACAUCAAGAAUUUCUGAAUGCUGUUCUUAGCCACGGAAAAGAUUUCCGAGAGUUUCAUCGUAAUGUUAACAGCAGAAUGGUGAAAAUAAACAAAGCCGUUCUAAAUUACAAAGCCAAUGCUGAGCGUGACAAAAGAAAAGAACAAGAACGAAUUGAUCGUGAGCGUAUGCGACGUCUUAUGGCUGAAGAUGAGGAAGGUUAUCGCUGUCUUAUUGAUGCGAAAAAAGACCAGAGACUUCAUCACUUACUCACCCAAACAGAUGAAUUUAUUAGUAAUUUGACUAAACUUGUUCGUGAACAUAAACGAGAGCAAAGUAAGCAGCGUUUUAGGGAACGGUCGGAAAGAAGAAAAUUCGCACAGGAAUCAGCUCUGCAAAAUGCUGUUGUAUUCUAUCGAAAAUUGGCUGAUGAUGUCAUUAAAAACGGUGGACAACCCCCGGCCUAUUUUUCUACUCUUCCAUCUACUGAGAAAUUUCCUGAAGAACUUAAUCAAGUGAAUCGUGACUGGUUAUGUGGCAAAAUGUCGUCUUCUAACAUCCAGUUACCUGACGUGCGUAUACCUAUGUAUCAAACAACAACAAGAGAAAUUGUUGAAGAUGAUGCUGCACUUUAGCUAACCAAAAAAACAAAGUCUAUGUAUAUGCGUUUCAGCCAAAUCCUUGCAACCGUACUUUGGUACUUGUUUUUAUGACGAUAGUUAUUUUCAGUAAACGAUGGGUUAUUUCGUCGACGUGAUUGAAAACAUUUGCACGGUAUGCGGCACAUUCAAACACUGACAAAAUCAGCAUCCCCGAGGUGUGUUCAGUGAAUAAUAAAUACUAUCAACACAUUAAAAGUCAUGUUCGAGGUACUACUGCCGUUGAUAGUUGGAUUGAUAUGGGGAAGUACUAAUAUCUGUAUGAAGUAUAACUCUAACAAAAUGUUCAAACUUUUGGCGUUUUUUUUCUUGAAUCAAUUCGCCUCUAUCUUGUUGAUGUUUGGAUUCGGAUAUACACGAUUGUCAAGAGGUGUAGCGAUAGCAAACUCAAUAGCUUUACUAGCGUCAGCACUUACAAGCUCAUGUGUUUACCAUGAAAAAAUGAAAUUUAGCGGGUCUGUUGGAGUUGUGCUCAUAUGUGUUGGAACUGGUCUACUCAACAGCUGAUGAUGAAAAAUUACCUAUUCACAUUUUCAAGCUAUAAUGACAGUUGAAAU